GGAAAAAAGAUUGCAGCAGGCAAGUUUGAGUAAAGAACUCGGCUUAAAAUAUUCUCCGCCAGUGUAAAAAAAAAAGAAGAAGAAUGCGUGCGUAGGUUGAAGUAGGUAGAGUGUGGGCCAAGCAGUGAGAGAGGACCAAUCAAUUUCAACUGUUCCCCCUCUUUCUUUCCGAAUUACAACCUCUGCAACAGGUUAGAAGAGAAACAAAAGAACAAUCCCUGAAGAACACAACUGCAACAGUAAUGCCAUCCAACAAGUAUUCUUCAGCCAUCAUGGUGGAGAGUGACAAGAUGACGGCAACAGCUGAGGUGAAUGGGGACAUGCCUGCAGCCGAUGACAGUGGCAUGGAGAUGACAAAUGAGAACAGCCCGCUCACCCUGGCCGAACCUCACUCCCCGUUCAGCCCCAAGCAGAAUGGAGAUGCUGCCUCACCUGCAGACUCAGAUGUGAAUCAGUUGUCUGGCAGCAGAAAGAGAACUAGGAAGAGGUCCUCAGAGGAGGAGUGCAGCUGGGACUCUACCGACAGUGAGCAGAAGGCCAAGGUGGCAGGGGUGGGGGCCUCGGAGUCGGGCUCGGGCCUGAGACAGAGACCUUCUCCCAGGACCAUCUUCCAGGCCGGUCUGCUGGCCCCUCACAACAAACCGCGCAGCCGCGAGCAGAGAGGAGGAGGAUGCCAGAGCAGGCUGGAGCACCACAGCAGCUCUCCGAGCCUGGCCUGCGGUGUUGGCCCCGGGCCCCUGGUGUCCGUGGUCCCUGAGGGCCCCUCCCUGGAGCUCCUGGAGCAGGACUCUAAGGACUCGGCCCAGAGCACCUCCACCUCCUCCACCUCCCUGAUCUCCCAUGCCACAGAGAUUGCCUGCCAGCCGGAGUACAAGGACAACAAGGGUUUUGGUAUUGGGGAGCUAGUGUGGGGGAAGAUUAAGGGGUUCUCCUGGUGGCCAGGCAUCGUGGUCACCUGGCGCGCUACGGGCAAACGACAGGCCACGCAUGGCAUGAGGUGGCUGCAGUGGUUUGGCGACGGCAAGUUCUCUGAGGUGUCUGCUGACAAGCUGGACUCCAUCACCGCUUUCCCCAAGUUCUUCAACCAGGCCUCCUACACCAAGCUGACAUCCUACCGCAGGGCCAUCUUCCAGGCGCUGGAGAUGGCAAGUCUGCGUGCUGAGAAGACAUUCCCUCAGUGUGAAUCAGAGGGGCCAGAAGACCAAGUCAAGCCCAUGCUGGACUGGGCCAUCGGGGGCUUCCUACCUAAGGGCCAAGAAGGCCUCAAACCCACAGACAACCCUGAUAGCAGCACGUUGAACCACCAGGUGUUGGACGUCAGUCUGCCAGAGUAUUUCCCGACAGCCAAGAGGCCCCGCGUCAGCCUGUGUAAGGCCAAAAGCGGCCCAGAGGAGGUCUACAGUCGAGAGCAAAUGGUGCAUGAAGUUUUGAAGAAUAACAGAAGUAUAGAAGACUUUUGCCUCUCUUGCGGGAAGACAAGAGUGGCAACCUUCCACCCACUUUUUGAAGGAGGCCUUUGCCAAGCAUGCAAGGACGUGUAUCUAGAGAUAUCCUACAUGUAUGAUGACGACGGCUACCAAUCCUACUGCACGGUGUGCUGCGGGGGCCGCGAGGUGCUACUGUGUGGGAACGCCAACUGCUGCAGGUGUUUCUGUGUCGACUGUCUGGACAUUCUGGUGGGCGCAGGGGCAUCGAACAGUGCCCGUAACCUGGACCCGUGGCGCUGUUUCAUGUGCCAGCCCCUGCAGAACUACGGCGUGCUCAAACGACGCCACGACUGGAGCAUGAAGCUGCAGGAGUUCUUCGUCAACGACAACGGCCAGGAGUUUGUUUCUCAGGAAAGCCCAAAGAUCUACCGGGCUGUCCCUGCAGAACAGAGGCGCCCCAUCCGCGUGCUCUCACUGUUCGAUGGCAUCGCCACUGGGUACUUAGUGCUACGAGACCUAGGAUUCAAAGUGGACCAUUAUAUUGCGUCAGAGGUGUGUGAAGAUUCCAUAUCGGUGGGGGUCGUCCGACAUGAAGGAAGAAUCCAGUAUGUGCACGAUGUGCGCAACAUCUCCAGGAAGAAUAUAGAAGAGUGGGGUCCAUUUGACCUGGUGAUCGGAGGAAGCCCCUGUAACGACCUGUCCAUCGUCAACCCCGCCAGGAAGGGGUUGUACGAGGGCACAGGGAGGUUGUUCUUUGAGUUCUACCGCCUGCUGAGUGAGGCCAAGCCCAAGGAGGCCGAGGACCGCCCCUUCUUCUGGAUGUUCGAGAACGUGGUCGCCAUGGGCGUCAACGACAAGAGGGACAUCUCCCGUUUCCUCGAGUGCAAUCCAGUAAUGAUCGACGCCAUUGAGGUGUCUGCGGCUCACAGGGCUAGGUACUUCUGGGGCAACCUACCAGGGAUGAACAGGCCACGGUGUGCAUCUGGGAUGGACAAGCUAGAGCUACAGGACUGUCUGGACCAUGGCCGUGUGGCUAAGUUUGGAAAGGUGCGCACCAUCACCACACGCUCUAACUCCAUCAAGCAAGGCAAAGACCAGCACUUCCCCGUCAUGAUGAACGGCAAAGAGGACAUCCUGUGGUGCACCGAGUUGGAGAGGAUCUUCGGCUUCCCAGUCCACUACACAGAUGUGUCAAACAUGGGUCGCGGUGCCAGGCAGAAGCUGCUGGGCAGAUCCUGGAGCGUGCCCGUCAUCAGACACCUGUUUGCCCCACUGAAGGACUACUUUGCAUGUGAAUAAUUCCCUCCCUGAUCCAUCACUCUAUCCAUUCCACACCUCACCUUGACCUUCUCCAAUCAUGAGGCUGUGUAGGUAAUGGUAGAGGAGGGCCCCUUCUGGAAGAGCAGGAGGACACAAGACUGGGCAAGUACAAAUGGUGACUAUGCUCUCACCCCUCUCCGUUCAGCCUAGGUGUUUUCAUCCAACACACUUGAAAAAUACCCUACAAUCAAGGAGCCAAUCCUGCUUCUACUGAGCGAAACCAGCCCUGCAAUUGGGGAAUAAUUUGAGGGUCUGGCUCCUGUAUCCUUUCCUGUAGCAAAAGGCUGGGCUGAGUGUGACAUGGAAAACACCACUGAUCGUCAAUCAGAAGUGCCAAUGCCAAGUUAGACCAUCUUGUUGUCCCCUGGUAGCCAAAGUGUUAUUAUAGGGUUUUAAGGUUUUAAACACUGCUUUUAUUUUAUUUUUUACUAAUGACUUCCCCUUAUGUUGUCUUUGACUGGUUUUGUUGUGAUCACCAUUUUGUUUUGUUGGUCAAACUUAUUUUGAUACCACGCUGAUUUAUAUAAAUUCUUAAAUUGAUAUAGAUCUCUUUAUGAAUGAGUAGAAAUGUUGUUGUUUUUUUCAUAUUUUCGUUUUUCAUUUUUAUGUCAACAUAGUCAGAGUUGGGAAAUAUACAUGUUCUUCUCCCAAAUGCCAAUGCGACUGAAGAAGAAUCCGUUCUCAGCCAUAUCCAAAAAGAUGUAUUUUUUAAAUACUGUAAAAUCAAUGCAAAGACAGACAUGUAAAGACAUCUCAAUAUUGGACAUUUUGACAUUUGUCUAUGGUAUCCAUCUUUUUUUAACUGGAAGUUUGUUUUUUUGCUUUCACCAAAAAUAAGUGGGCAUUACCUCAUCAUACAGGGCAUCUAUAUAUAUAUAUUUUAAACUUGGUCAUCUGUGCAAAAACAACAACAAAAACAUUUGACACUUAUUUUUUUAGUCACUGGAAUGUUUUAUAGAACUUUUAUACUUCAUUGCUAUACUGUAUAUUUACAAAUGUUUACAGGAUUUAACAGUAUUUGAUUGGACUGGGAGUUUGACUGUCCUAAUGUCAUCUUAAAUUGAUAUUUUUUAAAUCUGUGAAUUUCAGCAGUUGAUAACCCCCAGUAUGCCUCACCUCACAUUAAAGUACUCUGGACUUCAGAUUGAAGUACAAUAUACACUUUUUGCUACUCAUUUUGGCUACAUUUCUAGCCCAUUUUUGUUUUGGUAAUUGAAUGUGUACAGUUUGCUAUUCAGUUUUUUAAAUACUGGACAUUUAACAGAUUUUACAUAUCAUAUGUGCACAGUGGAGACCUGCCAGUUAUUUGUUUUUGAGUUGUCUGUACUCACUGAGUACUACUCAAUAAUACUCACUCAUUCAGGGUGCCUUUUAUGAGUAUGUUCAAAGAGCUACUUCAGUUACACACUGAUUGUAUGUCCAUGACAUAACCAGCAGUUGCUUUACUUCAAAGGUUAUUUUUUACUAAGAUGCCAAAAUACAUAAAUCGUUUACAUGCUUCAUCACUACUGUAUCCUUUUAAGUUUGUUGAAUGUCAUGCUUAUGAUUUUGAGUAUUCUAAAUGUUUUUUUUUUUAAUAUAAUUUUAUGACUGUACCUUUAAAAUGUUUAGUUUUAUAUACUCGGAUAUUCUGCUUACUUGCAACAGUAUCUGAAAUAGUAGCACAACAUACUGUAUAUAAGGCUUGCUUCACAUUUAUCAUUUUAUAGAGCAUUUUAGAACAUGAUAUUAAUCAAUAGGAUUGUUUUUAUUGUCAGUGGAUGUUAGAUUCGCAACAUCGACAAAUGUUAGAUGUGUUUGAUCUAUCUUUUGUGAAAAAAUACUUUCUCCAAUAAUACUGUACUUUCAUUGUGCUUUCAACAUUUUUUUUCAUUAACCUUUUUAUUUCAACACUUGUGAUUUGAAGUGCAAGCAAUUCAAAAAGACCAGUCUGCAAUUUUUGUACUAAUUGUGCACUUUUUGAAAAAGCAGCAAGAAAGUAUUUCUGUACUCGUAUAUGUUACUUUUAUUCAAUAAAAAGCCUUCAUUCUAAGCUGA